GAAGAUGUUUUAGAAGAACUUCAAGAAUGCAACAGUUCACAUAAUGGUAAGCAGCACAAUUUAUACGCCAGUUUAUUAUUAAUGUGUAUUUUAGGUUAGUUUUUUGUUACCCUAAUAUAUUGUAUUGUUAUAUGUUUUAUAGAUGAUGAUGACGAAAGUAUUCAGCUGUUCCUUGAGUCCAGUGAUUCAGAUGAAGAAACCAAUACCUUUCUGGAUGAGUUUGUGGCUGAAGAGGGUGAAGAAGUGGAAAUUCUUGCGGAGGAGCAGAGUGAAGCCUAUCUAAACAUGCAAGAUGGAGAGGAGCAUGGAAGUGAUCAGUCUUCAGAAAAACCAGAAGACUUACUGAUGAAACUUUUGGCCAUGAUGAUUUUGUCAUGGCAAGCAUCUUUCAAGAUUUCUGACAAUGCCAUCACAACACUACUUCUGUGCAUGAGGCAGUUCAUGUGGACGGUAGGAAAUGUUCUGUGUGUUGAUUUCCUCACUGCUUUCGCAAGCAAUAUUCCGAAGACUUUAUCCUCUUUGAGGAAAUGGACAGGUAUUGUUCGUGAUAAUUUUGCACAAUAUGUGGUUUGUCCAAAAUGUAUGGUAAUAUACACGCUAUCUGAAACCUAUGAGGUCAAACAGGAUGGUACAAAGGUAUGUAAGUCUUGUAGUUACAUCCCAUUCUCCAAACACCCACAGAAAAGAUCUGCUCAAAAGAAGAAAUGUGGUUCUGCCUUGCUAAGAAAGCUAAAAUCUUCCACUGGGAAAGAGUUUGUAUAUCCAAUACGGCCCUACUGUUACAGCAGCGUUAGGCAGUCUUUGGAAGUUCUUGUUAAAAGACCUGGAUUUCUGCAAAAGUGUGAAGAAUGGCGACUGCGAAAAAUGCCAGAGUGUGUGUUCGGAGAUGUUUAUGAUGGACAAGUAUGGAAGGAUUACCAUUAUGUGAAUGGAGAGCCAUUCUUAUCAGCCCCAAAUAAUCUGGCAAUGAUGCUCAAUGUGGACUGGUUCCAACCUUUCAAAAAUGCACCUUAUUCAGUUGGAGCCAUCUACUUGGUCAUUUUGAAUUUACCUCGUGAAGACUGUUUUAAGGAAGAAAAUAUGAUUCUUGUUGGACUAAUACCUGGCCCAAAAGAGCCAUCACUAACCAUGAAUGCAUUCUUAGACCCACUGGUUGAUGAGCUCGAAGAACUCUGGAGUGGCAUAAUUUUGGAAGAUAGCUCUUUUUUAGGAUAUCAGGUUUACAGAGCAGCUCUGCUGUGUCUGGCAUCUGAUAUCCCAGCAAGUCGAAAAUGUGGAGGCUUUGUGGGCCAUGGAGCAUACAGAGGAUGUCACAAGUGUUUGAAGACAUUCUCCAAAAAAGAGUUUGGUGCAAAAAUGGACUACUCUGGAUUUGAUCGGUCUUCAUGGGAAUCACGCAUAUCAAAGGACCACAUACACUAUGCUGGAUUAUCGAAGCGGGCAAAAACAAAGGCAGAACAAAUAAGAAUUGAACAUGACUACGGAGCUAGAUGGUCAGAACUUUUCCGCUUGAGUUAUUAUGAUCCCAUCCAAUUUGUUGUCAUAGAUCCAAUGCACAACCUUCUUGGUACAGCAAGACAUGUAUUCCGACUAUGGACAGAAUUAGGAAUUUUAACAGCAAAAAAGCUUGAAGAACUUCAAACUAGAGUGGAAAACAUCAAAGUACCUCAUGAUGUUGGUAGAAUUCCCUUACGAAUUUCAUCAGGCUUUACAGGAUUUACAGCAGAUCAGUGGAAAAACUGGACAACCAUUUACUCCCUGUUUUGUCUGAAGGGGCUUAUUAACAGCAGACACUAUGACAUGUGGUUUGACUUUGUGCAGGCUUGUAUCAUUCUCUGCUCCAGAGUCAUUUCUUUCAAAAGGCUGGAAGUAGCAGAUGGACACCUGCAGGCGUUUCUUUCAAAAUUUGUUGAACUUUUUGGCCCAUUGCACUGCACCCCCAACAUGCAUUUACACCUUCAUUUGAAAGAGUGCAUGUUAGACUACGGACCAGUUUAUUCAUUUUGGUGCUUUUCAUUUGAGCGUUUUAAUGGAAUACUGGGGAACUUUAAUAGCAACAAUAGGGCAAUUGAAGUUCAGAUAAUGAGGCAGUUUCAGCAGAGACAGCAGCUUCGUAUGCCAUGGACGUUUGAAUAUGGUGCUGAAUUUGCCAGUAUCUUAGGAGGUCAAAUGUUUGGGACUUUGUCAUGUGAGGGCACAGCUGAUGUGCUUUAUUUGAACCACAAUGUUUUUGUGUCAGCAGAACGACUUUUGUUAGAAAACUGUACAGUGGUGCCUCUGUCACCAUUCCAGCAGACAAUCUUGGAUGAGACUGACAGAAAUGCAAUGUUAAUCAUGUAUCACCAGAUGUACCCUGAAAAUUGCAAAACUGAGAUUGACUGUUUUGCCAAGACAUGCAAAAGGGUAACAUAUCUUAAUGUAACUUAUUCCAUAGAUGGAUCGAGAGCCGAAAGGUCAGCAUGUGUAUAUGCUAAGUGGUGUGGAAACACUAACAGUUUUGAGGAACCCACCCUUGACCCUAGAGCAGAACCACGGCCGGCUAUUAUCAAGAUUUUUUUUGUUGUAAAUGUGAUGUCAAAAGGUAAUGAAUUUAAACACAUCACUGCACAAGUCUCCUGGCUUCAUCCCCAUCCUGACAGACAUUUUUAUUGAAAGAC